CAAUCCGGUCGUAAGUCAAGUCAGAACUCUCUCUCUCUCUCUCUAUUUUACCGUGAAUUUCUCUUGCAGGUUGAGUCAUGGAAAUGGAACCGCAGCUGCUACAUGGGACUAUCGAAGCAGCCAUUUCUAAAUUCCAAAAUAUUGAGUCCCUUUUAACCCGUCUCUCGAAGACAUCAAAAUCAAGUUUCAUUCCAUCAUUUGUUUCCUCCUUCGUCAGAAACAAGAGGUUCUGCUAUUUGUAAAGGGUUCCUUUGGUGAGGUUGAAAUUCUUGCAGUUAGAAGACAUCAAAAUCAAGUUUCACUCCAUCAUUUGUUUCCUCCUGCGUCAGAAACAAGAAGUUCUGCCGUUUGUAAAGAUGGAAGAGAUGUUGGAUAUUAUGUUUCAUCACGGGGGUGAUUUCAAAGAAGAUCAAGAAGGAACAAUGGUAUAUUAUCCGGAUAAUAAGGCUUGUUUAGGUGACCUAGAUGUGGAUACGUUAGACGUCUUCUAUCUAAGGAACUACCAUAAAAAGCUUGGUUAUGAUGGGGAGGGGACUAAUAUCAGCAGUGCAAGAAGUGAUGCCCAAUGUGCACCAUCGUUUUUGCGUCUGGCAUUUGUGGAGAAAUUUUAACAAGAGUUGGAAGGAUUUACAACUAAGGGGGCUUUUGUGGGAAUGUGCAAGGGCAACAACUCAUCAAGAGUUCAGGGAUGGAAUGGACAAGAUAAAAAGACUAAAUGAAGAUGCAUGGGCAUAUUUUGUAAUGCGGACCAUAGCCAAGAACAAGGUGAAACUAAACAAUCACACUGGAGUGCUCACACCGGUUAUAAAGAGUCGACUGGAGAAAGUUAGAAAAGAAUCUAAGAAUUGGAAGCCUAUUUGGACAGGGGACAACGGAUAUGAAAAGUUUGAGGUGCAUGGACACCCAACUAAUCACGUGGUGGACUUAGGAAAAAGACUAUGCACUUGCCAAUUUUGGAUGCUUACAGGUAUUCCUUGUGUGCAUGCAUGUGCUGCACUGUCUCGGGUUAACAAGCCACCAGAAGACUUUUGUCACCGCUUGCUAACAAUGGAGUCAUACAGGGAAACAUAUAAUUAUCAUAUUAAUCCAAUACCUGGACAACCAUUAUGGGAGCAUGCAGAAGAAUGUAACAGGCCACAUGCACCAAAAAUAAAGAGGAAACCUGGAAAACUACAGAUGAAAAGACGGAUGGAUGCUGAUGAGAAGGGUGGUGGAGGAUCUAAAAAAUCUAAAGCUGAUCCCAAGCCUCAAAGUAACAAUGGAGAUAAUGUUCAUCUAAAGAGGCAGUUGGGCCCCUUUACUUGCAGUUUCUGUGGUGAUAAAGGACAUACAAAGAGAGGUUGUAAGAAGAAGAGAGCUUGUGAUGCUGCUGCAGCUGCUGCAGUUGCUGCUGCUGCUGCUGAGGCUAAUAAGAAGAAGAAAAAUGAAGGAGGUGCCCCUACAUCUGAGCAGCAACUUCAGCAGCCUCAAGAUGAUGGUAACCAACAUGAUGGAGAAGAUAAUCCUGUUGUGCAGUCUACUGAGAUUGGCCAAGCCACUUCUGAUGCACAACCUGUAGAAAUAGAUAUAUCUCAGCCAACUAUUUCUGAUGUAGAAGAUUCUCAAAAGGAUCAUGGAAUAAAAAGGCCUUCAAAAUUAUCACCAAGGAGAAGAUCCUCUCCACUAGCAACUUCUGUCCCAGUGAAUCCCAUGCAGGGUGCUAGUUCAGGAACUGCAACAAGACUUGUCAAUUACAUGAAGUUCAUCCCAACUCCAGGAUUUAAGGCUCCAAGAAAGAAGAAUUGAAGACUUUAGCUUAAUAUGUAUAGGGCUAUCUGUUUUGAUGUUAAUACUUUUUGCUAGACAAAGACUACACAAGGAAAAAACAAUCCUUUAUGUUUUGCUGUAAAGUCCUCCCUUUUGAGGCAACUUUGUUUAACAUGCUCAUGUUAGAUGGCUGUCCUUUGUGUUAUGUGACUAACUGUGUUAAG